AUGAAUAGGAAUACAAUAAUAUAUGAAGAAAAUGCUGAUGGAAAUGAAAAAAAAAAGAGAAAACUUUUCGAAGAUACGCCAAAUUUUGACUCCAACUUCUUUUCAAAUUACUUAACAGAAUAUAACGUUGAUCAUGUUAAUUUCAGUCGGGUAAGCAGCAACCAGAUCAGCAGUAAUCAAAUAAACUGCAAUCAGUCUAACAAUGUACUAGACAGUACUUAUCAGAACAGUAAAGAAACAAACUACUGCGACAAUUUUUAUCCUAAUGACAACUCAUUUAAUAUAUAUAAACAAAACAAGAAGGAUGACCCAUUAUUAGGCUUCAACAAUAACUGUAAUAAUAAUAUACAAUUUGACAAAAAUUUGCUAAUAAACAGUAUUGAUGUUCUUUUAAAUUUUAUGAAUUAUAACUACUUAAAUGAGACGAUAAAGCAUGAAGCUCUUCAUGAAAAUUUAUUGAAUUUGCGUUUCUAUAUUCUUAGCUUAAAUGAUGAUAAAUUUAUCCAAAAAAAAAUAACAGAAUAUUUCCUGAAAAUGUAA